GCCCCUGGGGCCCCGAGCCGUCCAAGAGAGCAGCUUGAUCCGCCUUGAGCUGUAAGGAGAGCGAAGGUCACGCGGCCGCCCUUGCAACGUGCGGGAAACGCACCCAGGGCAAACUUGGGCGCAGAGGAACUCGGCUGGAAGCCGCCGCCAGACGCGGAAGGAAGCCAAGCGCCUGCAAGGGGGAGCCCGCAGCCCCGCGGCGUUUCACGGCGCCCACCCGAGAGCCCCUCCAGGUGGGGGAUGCCGGCCUCCGCCCCCGAUCAGCAUCCGCCGCCGCCCCGAAUGACGGUGCACCUGGAAAGAAUCAGGAAGCGCUGCAGUCAAAAGCUCAGGAGCACCCAUCUUACUAGCCGGAAAACAACGCUUGCGGCUUUGCAAAAAAUAAAACUUUACUUGUCGCCGGAAAUGUAGGAAACUUUGGAGGAAUAAUGGAGUUCGGUGGAGAGAAUAUGUCAGAACAGCAAAGGGGUGGAUGCUUGGACAGACAGCAGACAUCCCAGAAGCUCAAGCCAUGUGCACCAGAGGACAGCUCCCGGAGUCAGAUGCAGGCAUCUGUGGGCAGCCAGUCCCCCAGCACCAGCCUCCGGCCUGGGAGCUUGAUUCUCCGCCGAGCGCAGCAGUCCAAUUUCAACAGGAGCCUGAGCAGGGCCAGCAGGCGUUCACAUCACUGGCCAACGGGCACAGACUCAGCCAGGCUCUCCGUGGCUGGAGGCAGCACGAGGAGGAAAGGACUGAAAGAGAUCCUCCUUCAGAGCAGCGAGGCCAAACCCGUGUGGCUGGCAGCUUUGUCGAAGGGAGACACCAAUGCCAGCAGCCUCUCUGACGGGCAGCAAGGCCAUGACUCUCUUCUGGAAGCCAACUUUGAGGACUUGUCUUUAGCUCUGGACCCACUGGAGCAUGAGUGGAUGUUGACUGUGGCCCAGGGAGAUGCAGAGAGCAUCCUCCGGCUGCUGGACCAGGAUCCCAGCCUGUUCUCCAGGACAGACUUUGUGACUGGCUUCACUGUCCUCCACUGGUUGGCCAAACAUGGUCACCACGAGGACUUGAUAGAAGUCAUCACUUUUGCCGAGAAGCAGAAUUACCCGGUAGAUGUCAACGUAUUCACAGCUAGUGGCAGGCUCACUCCUCUGCACCUGGCCGCUCUUCAGGGACAUGAGAUGGUCAUCAAGGUACUGGUGGGCGCCUACGGGGCCAACACAAGCCUUCGGGACCACAAUGGGUGCAAAGCGUGGCAGUACCUCCGAGCAGAUGCUCCAAGGGAGUUGAAGGAGCUUCUGGGGGCUUGCGAUGAAGACUUGGCCCUGCUAGGAGCGUGCAACACCAACAACAACUGUGUGUCAUCCAGACGUGGUGGGAGCAACAGGUUCAAAGGAGACUGCAAGGACGUUCAAGGGGAAGAGAACAGCCACAGGCCCCUCACCAGGCUGAACUCUUUAAGGAACCUGUUCAGACAAGCAGUGGCAUUCUUCCAAGAGCUGUAGACAUUUGCUCAGUGGUGGAGGCACUUGGGUCUGUCUGCGGUGCAGAUUUUGACUGAAGCCAUCAUGAAAUGGUGAGAAUGCUGUGGGAGGAAUUGUUGGAGGUAGAUGAGGACACGUAGAGGUUAUCUUGUAAGAUGCUGGCUUCAGCAAACCUGUCCAGUCUUGCAGUUUGGCCUUAGGUAUGGGCCAUAGUCUUGAAGAAGACAAGGGUACUCGCACAUGAACUAGAAAGGACAUACACUGCUAAAAACAGUCCAUUGGAAAGAUUACAUGUACAUAGUUUAAAAACAAAUCCCAAAGUACUGAGUCAGGGAAGGAGAACUUCUGUAACAUGUGUAUGUGAAUUUAACUGAUCUGUAUAGAUUCUUAAUUUGUAUAAUUUAUUCUGGGUUUGGGUGUGGCAGGGAACAGUACUGAGCAAUUAAAACCUCAUGCUUGGAAAUCUUGGACAGGCCAUCCUUCAGCUACCCAGGUUUCCCAUAAGCAUCACCCACACACUUUGAAAAGUAUCUUUUUCUAAUCAGAAAUUCUGCAGAUCUGCUUGUCUGAAAAUGUGGAUGUACAUGGUGAUCAAUUGGAGCACUCUCAAAUAAAGCUCACAAGGCAUAUUAA